CUGAAAGAAACUCUGAAAAGUGUUUAGAAAUUUAUCAAAUUAACGCAUGCGCAUAAACUCAGAAUCUAACUUGUUAAUUGACCGUUAUAAAAGUACGCCGCUUUUUAGCACUUUUUAGCUUGCUUGCGCUUUAUAAAUGUGUUUUUCAGUAUAUGACGAAAUGAUUUCGUAUAAUCGAGUGUAAUAAUUGAAAAAGUUUAAUUAAAAAAAAAAGAACACAACUGUCUCAUGUAAGUUAUCAGUUAUUUAGAAGCAAAUGAAAACAAAAAUCAUCAGAAUACACUGCUAAAGUGAGGAAAGCCUUUCGUCGUUUUGUGUGAUAGAGAACAGAUUUUUACUCGUGAAACUAGAAACAAGUGGGAAAGUCACAGAUUUUUCUCUAAAUUUUUUCUUUUUUUGUUUUUGAUUGUGUGUCAUUAAACCUACAGUCAAAAAUGUCGUUAGACAAUCUAAGUGAUUCGGAAUUGCGGAAAAAACUCGUUGAACAUGGAUUUCCCGCCGGUCCAGUCACGCAAACAACAAGAAAUAUUCUUCUCAAGAAAUUGAAAAGUCUAAUUGAAGCAAAAGGCGGUGGUGGUGCAUCGAGACAUUCGCUAGCGGCAAGGUACAGCAGUGAUGAAACAGAUGAAGAUUUAGCAGUAUCGACAAAUAGAAAAAAGAAAGCUACAGCAGCAGCACGAAGACAAACAUUAGCAAAUCCAAUGCCACCGCCGUUGACAACAUCAGUUGUUUCCAGUAUAUCAAGUACGUCUAAAUCGCCAGUAAAGAAAAAAGAGAAAUCGUCACGAAAUUCCGAGUCCGCCGACUCGGAAUUUGAUCAUGUUCCAUCUGUCUCAACAAGUCGAAGUAAUAAAAAACCCGAGCAACCUAAAUUGGUUAAAACUUACAAAUUUACACCAAUAAAUGAUGGAUUAGAGACAGGUUCUGAUUCAGAUAUGCCUGACGAGCCUGAAAAAGUUAUACAUGCACCUAAAUUUGGUGAAACUGCACGAUCAUAUGAACCUAAAAUUCAAAAUCAAAGUAUUCCAGAUCUUGUUUUACCUUCAAAACCAUUAUCAACAUCAGUACAUGAAAGUAAAACAAAACCAGUAUAUAUAACAAAAGAUGACAAAUUUUCAACUCCUCAAUUUAAAAAUUCAAGUCCCAUCGUGUCAAAUAGAGGAGAUUUUACAAAAGAUUAUGGAAAUACUAGCGGCAAUAAAAAUGAUGUUCUUGCUAAUUUUGAAACACCGUAUUUAUCGGAAUUUACCAGAAGAUUGAGUUCGCGAAAUUCUAUAAAUGUUCCUUCAGUUUCUAAAUUUUCUCCUAAAAGUCCAUUAUAUCGACAAACAAAUACUACACCAGAAGUUACAGAAUCAGACACAAAUGGUCAUUAUUCUUCUUCUUCAAGGCCUAUUUAUCCUUCAACUUCAAGAUACAUAACUUCAAUCAUGGAUAGAUCUAGAGAAAUGGUUAAAAGAAAUGUUAAACCAACAGCAAAAACAAAGGACGAAAUGAGAAACAACCAAAAUAUUGUAUCAAUGAUUCUAGUAAUAGUAUUGGCCCUAUUUUUUGGAGUUUUAGCAAUUGUUUACCUUGGUCUCGGCGGUAAAAACGACACUGUCCCAUCACUUUCUGCUGAUAGCAACGUUCCUCUUUGCGUUUCGGAUCUUCAAAAUCAAAAUCACCCCAAAGUGAAUUGCGUUCUAGAGGAAAAUGUUGGAAAUGUAUUUGAUUUACUUGAAAAACUACAGCAAAUUUUAAUGCAAAAAGCAGUUUCAGCAAUUUGUGAUGAUUCGAAUGUUAAACCUUAUCUUACUGACGAUGAUGUCGUUAAAAUAUUUAAAAGCCAUAAAGUGACGGAAUUUGAAGUCAAAGAAGAUUUGCACAAUGCUGAAAUUUUGAUAUUAUCAAAUCCAAAAUGGGGAAUGUCGCUUAUUGAAAUUGAUCAAGAAAAUAAUGGAUUGACACAAAUUGUAGAUACAAUGGAGAAAUUAUUUUCAGUUCGUGUAGAAGGAAAACUUGGUGUACAAAUAAUGAAUCCCGCUUUACCAAUGCAAUGUCUGAUUAAAAGAAAAGUUUUCACUUUAUUUUCAUCGAUGCUUGUUGUAGCUUUUAGUGCAUUACUUUUAAUCGGUGGGCAUAAAUUAACAACAUGGUAUAUGCAACAAAAAAAGAAAACCGAGAAGGAAGUUUUUCAACUUGUCAGUGAAAUAAUCAGUAUGGUGGAGAUAAAUCAUCAAAAUUCUGCAACAAGUAGUCCCGGUGGUACACAAGAAAGUUAUCUUGCUAUAAAUCAUGUACGAGAUAAUCUUAUUCCACCGAAAAAUCGUAAAAAAUUGUCUGCUACAUGGGAAAAAGCUGUGAAAUUUUUAGAUGAAAAUGAAUCAAGAAUUCGUAGAGAAGUUCAGCAAGUUGCAGGAGAGGAAUAUCAUGUUUGGCGAUGGUUGCCAAGUAGUAAUUUAAAUACUUCGAAUACACAAAAUUCAAGUAUGCAGAAAAAAACAAAAGUUUGGCAAGGACAAGCAUUUGAAACAAUGGAAGGAUCUGUGAAUAGUCCAUUGAGUUCACCAACACCUUGUCUUAAAAUAAGAAACAUGUUUAAAUUAGACGGCGAAUUCGAAGAUGACUGGGAAACAAAAGUAAAAGAUGCUAUACUUGAAAAAUGCGGAGAAGGAGUAAAUAUUUUUCACAUUAAUGUUGAUCGUGGUAGUCGUGAAGGUUGUGUUUACAUGAAAUGCAUGUCCAAAGAAGAUGCUGGAAAGGCGUACAGAGCAUUGCAUGGUUGUUGGUACGAUGGACGUUUGGUUACUGUCAAAUAUUUGAGAUUAGAAAGAUAUCAUGAACGAUUCCCAGAUGCUGUAUAUUUUACCACUCCAUUAAAGCCAAGUAACAAUCAACGACUCUCAUUGCAGUCAAAUUAUUGGCAAACACCAUUGGAGGCAAACUGAGCAAACAAGUACUUUUGGAUCAUAUUAUGUUGGGUGCCAUAAAACAAAUGUUUUUAUUUAAAAAAAAGAAAAAACAAAUUACCUGACUAAGUGAAAAUAUUAUACGUAAGUCUUUAUUUGUACUUGAAUCUAAAGAAAUGUGUGUGUUAUUCACAAUUUUAUAACAGCAAUUAAUUGAUAUGCUGAUGACAAGUGCUAAUCCUUUUUAGUUUCAUAAGGUAAAUAUUUACAAAACUCUUUUUUUUUGAAUCGUUAUUUUUUCUUAAUUUAUAUAAUACUAAAAGUCGAAAAUAAUUGUUUUUCAUGUAAAGUAAAAAUAAGGCGUUGUAAAACAAAGACAAAUUUAAAUGAAUUUAAUUUUUUUUCUGUGUUA